UCGGGCGCGCGCAGGCAGCGGGGCCAUGGCCGCCCUGCUGCGGGGCCGUGCGCUGGCGGCGCCCUGAGGCGGCGCGGCGCGGCCAUGGUGCCUCGGGGAGCCGCUCUGCCGCCACCGCCGGGCACCGAGCCGCCGCUCUGAGGCGCCGAGCCCCCGCCGCGGGACCGACAGGAGGAGGAGGGAGAAUAGGAACAAGAGGCGGCGGCCACGACCACCACCGCCGCUUCAGUCUGCUGCCAAUUCACGGAAAGGGAAGAGAAUGGCUGCGAAGGAGAAGUUGGAGGCAAUAUUAAAUGUGGCCCUGAGGGUCCCGAGCAUCAUGCUGUUGGAUGUCUUGUACAGGUGGGACGUCAGCUCAUUCUUCCAGCAGAUCCAAAGAAGUAGCCUGCACAACAACCCUCUCUUCCAGUACAAGUACUUGGCCCUUAAUAUGCAUUAUGUGGGUUACAUCUUAAGUGUUGUGCUCCUCACUUUACCAAGGCAACACCUGGUUCAGCUUUACCUGUACUUUCUGACCGCAUUGCUGCUGUAUGCUGGGCACCAGAUUUCCAGGGAUUACGUGAGAAGUGAAUUGGAAUCAGGGUAUGAAGGGCCAAUGUACUUGGAGCCUCUCUCAAUGAAUCGUUUCAUGACUGCUUUAGUAGGUGCGAUGCAGGGUCCCGUGCUAAAGCAGAAUCCCUCAGAGAGCUUCACAAAGCAGCAGGCAGGACCGGGCAGGAAGAGGUCAGGAGGCGUUAUGCCAUUCAGUAACGGUUAUGCAGAAACUAAACCGGGAGUCGUAGCCCAUCAGUAUCCCAGGAUGCAUCGUUCAGGUCAGCUGGUGGUAUGUACGCUCUGCUCCUGCGUCAUGAAAACAAAACAGAUCUGGCUCUUCUCUGCUCACAUGCUCCCUCUGCUGGCACGGCUCUGCCUCGUCCCGUUGGAAACCAUCGUCGUCAUCAACAAAUUUGCCAUGAUUUUCACUGGUUUGGAAGUUCUCUACUUUCUGGCAUCAAAUCUUCUGGUGCCCUAUAACUUGGCAAAGUCUGCAUACAGAGAGCUUGUCCAGGUGGUGGAAGUAUAUGGUCUCCUGGCUCUGGGAAUGUCUUUGUGGAACCAGCUGGUGGUCCCGGUUCUUUUCAUGGUGUUUUGGCUCGUCUUGUUUGCUCUUCAGAUCUAUUCCUAUUUCAGUACACGGGACCAGCCUGCCUCGAGAGAGAGGCUCCUCUUCCUCUUCUUGACAAGUAUUGCAGAAUGUUGUAGCACUCCAUAUUCGUUGCUGGGCUUGGUCUUCACAGUCUCCUUCGUUGCUCUGGGAGUUCUGACUCUCUGCAAGUUUUACUUGCAGGGUUACCGAGCAUUCAUGAAUGACCCUGCUAUGAACAGGGGAAUGACUGAAGGAGUCACACUCCUGAUCCUGGCUGUGCAAACGGGUUUGAUUGAGCUCCAAGUUGUGCAUCGGGCAUUCCUGCUCAGUAUUAUUCUUUUCAUUGUGGUGGCAUCCAUCCUUCAGUCUAUGCUGGAAAUUGCCGAUCCCAUUGUCUUGGCAUUGGGAGCCUCAAGAGACAAGAGUCUGUGGAAGCACUUCCGAGCAGUCAGCCUCUGUUUGUUCUUACUUGUGUUCCCCGCGUACAUGGCCUACAUGAUUUGUCAAUUUUUCCACAUGGAUUUCUGGCUGUUGAUCAUUAUCUCCAGCAGUAUUCUAACCUCUCUUCAGGUGCUUGGGACGCUCUUCAUUUAUGUUUUGUUUAUGGUGGAAGAGUUCAGAAAAGAACCAGUAGAAAAUAUGGAUGACGUGAUUUAUUACGUAAAUGGCACGUACCGGCUGCUGGAAUUCCUUGUCGCUCUCUGUGUGGUGGCAUACGGUGUCUCAGAAACUGUCUUUGGCGAAUGGACUGUGAUGGGCUCUGUGAUCAUCUUCAUUCACUCCUAUUACAACGUGUGGUUGCGGGCCCAGCUGGGGUGGAAAAGUUUCCUUCUUCGCAGAGAUGCAGUGAACAAGAUCAAAUCACUGCCCAUUGCCACAAAGGAGCAGCUGGAGCAACACAAUGAUAUCUGUGCCAUCUGCUACCAGGAUAUGAAAACUGCUGUAAUCACACCAUGUAGCCAUUUUUUUCAUGCGGGCUGUCUUAAGAAAUGGCUGUAUGUGCAAGAAACCUGCCCUCUGUGCCACUGCCAACUUAAGAGUCCUUCACAGCUACCAGGACUGGGACCGGAGCCAGUUCAACAGCCAAAUCCCGGUGCAGAGCAAAAUACCAGACCUGGAGAUGCAGCCGAGCCCCCUGGUGUUGAACACGACAAUGGGCCAAACACAGACAACAACCCUAGCCAGAGCAGCGGACAGGUUGCUGAUGGACAGGACAGCCUGGAGGCCUCUGCUGAGACUGAGGGGUCCCGGGGCAUGGACAGGGGCACGAGCCCGUGCGAGGCCAGCCAGGGAGCAGCCUGUGCUGCAGAACUAAUGGCAGCCCCAGAGAGGUGCCCUGCUCGAGACCCGAGGGUUAGCAUCCAGCUCUGAGGUGACAGAGGACGACGCAGGAACAAACACAUUUCAGAGAUUCAAGUUUGACUCAGAAGAAAAACUGUCCUUCCGCAUCUGUGAAAGAAGUUUAGCUGUUAAUGCUGGUCAAAAUGUAAUAUCCCGUGCUGAUUUUUGUGGGCUGCUUGGUAGCGGUAAUUCCAGUGAGAUGUAGUAAAAAAUGACUCCAGAAGCUUUCUGAACUGUGGGCAUAGGAAGGAUGUCUGGAAAUAAAUUGAAGUGGAAGAGUGUUUUCAACAUGUAGGUGAGGGAUGAGAAGAACGGGAGAUCUGUGAGAGGUGGUAGGCAGAUGGACAAAAUGCUAGCUUUUGUUUUGGCCAGGAGGAGGGCAUCGAAUACAGCCAUGUCCCAGGGUACCAGAGAGGUGUUAAAGGCAGUCACUUGCUAGUCUCUGACCGAGGUGCAGCUUUGGUUUCUGACAAUUUUUUUAUGGCACGUAAGCAAAAAAUCAAAGAUAUAACAUCAGUGAUUGUACUAGAAGAUGGAAGCACUCUUAAUACGUCAUGUGUAUGCUUUGGGUGUUCUUGGUGGGGCAAUUGCAUUUGCAUUCAUGUAAUCUAUAGUGACUCUUGACUUUUAUGACGGAGUCUUCAAUAUUUUGAUGUAUAUGAAACUUUUGCUAAUAAUGGCACAGUCUGGGCUGCAUGAAGUAAACUAAAGCUCUAAUGAACACUUUGGCCUCUGCCACCACGUGCAGGAGGAAAGUGGGAUGAGCUUUAGGGCACAGAGAGAAGCCUCGCAGUACUGUGCUGUGUAAUGUUUAAUUCUUGCAGCUGAAUUAAAACAGUAUUAAACUCUGGCGAUAUUUGCACUUUGGGAAUGAGUACAUUAUUGUGUAUGAUCAGACUCCGCAAAUGCCACUUUUAAAGUUGUUAAUAGGUUUGCACCUUUUUUCUUUGACAAGGACAUGUCCAUACAUACAAUAAAUUUUUACAUUCAUCAUGGCUUCAAGUAGAACUAGGGAAGAGGGUGGGGAAAUAGGUGGGAGUAGGGGGGCAGGCAAUUUUUUAUGUGAAUUUUGAUAUGAAGAGAAAUUAGUCACUUAUUUAUACGAUAGGCUUGACUCAAGUGUUUUUCAAAGUCGGUAUUCCUAAUGUGAAAUGUGAUACUAUUUUAUUUUUAGUAGUAACUUUGGAUGUAGACUGACAGACAUAGCUGAAUGUCUUAAUAAAUUACAUUUGAAGAUUUUUA